AUGGCGGGGCGGCGGCGGCUGCUGCUGCUGCGCUGCCUCCUGCUGGGGCUGCUGGGCGGCGGCGGCGGGCAGCGCGGCGGCGGAGAGUACUGCCACGGCUGGGUGGACGGGCAGGGCGGCUACCACGACGGCUUCCAGUGCCCAGAGGGCUUCGACACUGCGGCCGCCACCAUCUGCUGCGGCUCCUGCGCGCUGCGUUACUGUUGCGCGGCCGCCGAGGCGCGGUUGGAGCAGGGCGGCUGCACCAACCAUCGGGAGCCUCCGGAGCCGGCGGUCAGCGCCCAACCCAUCUAUGUGCCGUUCCUCAUCGUCGGAUCAAUAUUUAUCGCCUUCAUCAUCGUGGGCUCCCUGGUGGCUGUUUACUGCUGCACGUGCCUCAGGCCCAAGCAGCCAUCCCAGCCCAUCCGCUUCUCCCUCCGGAGCUACCAGACCGAGACUCUGCCCAUGAUCCUGCCCUCGUCCAGCUGCCGGGCCCCAUCCCGACCAUCUAGCACGGCCACCAGCUCCAGCUCAGCGAGCGGCUCCCUGCGCCGCUUUUCCCUGGCCCGCACAGAGCCGGGCUGCUUGCUGCCGUCACCACCACCCCCAUACUCGGCCGGCUGCUUUCCCGCAGCCCACAGCGCACACCUGGGGUCACCGCCAGGCUUCCUGCAGGCACCGCCGUACCUGGGUUACCCUGAGCCGGCCCUGGGUGGGAAGGGCUGUGCCGACCUCGCGCAGAGCUGAGCGGUGCGUCACGGUCUUUGGGAGCGUGAGGACUGACUACGGUGCUUGGUGCUCUGCUCUGAUGGAGGCAGACCUGUGGGUGAGUUGCCAUUGAGAAGCGCAAGGCCUCGGAACAGUCCUGAGUGCUUCCCCCAACCUGGAUUACAGCUACAGAUGUUUUGUGAAGUAUUCCGAUCUUAGCUGCCUUAAUAACCAACUGCUCCGAUGGUUUGAUCUGAUUUGUGCAGAGCACAUUGAGAUACAACUAGAAAACCAUUUUUGGGACAAGGUUACCCAGCUCAAGGCGCUGUAAGUGAUGUUUUAACCAUAAAUGAUAUUAACUUUGCUAACAAGCAGUGGCCGCGCUCCAGGGCUCCAAUAACCAGCAUAGUUUUAUCCAGCAGCAAUAAGUAACAGAGAGGUAACAGUACUAAACUAGAGCUCUGCAGACCGUAACUCAGCUGCCUGCUCCCACGGGCAAUGUGAGAAGGUAUGUAUUAAGAUAUUGAAGGCCCUGGUUUCUAAACAUACAGAAAAUGUAACUUAACUUACGUUGCAUAUUUAUACUGGUGAACUUAACUAAAAUAAAAUAGCACGAUUUAGGCUAGCUGAAAACAUACUGGUCCCGAGCAGCCAAAUAAUCCUAUGCUAGAAGAACAGAACGUGUUUGCUAAUAUUUCCACAUAACUCCUUGGCAUGCAAUCCCAGAGCUGGUGCUGCACUGAGGCGUUUUUUAGAGGGAAAUAUUUAUUGGUGGCCUUUUGCUCAGUGCCAUGCAUACAUUGGAUGAACUGAUCCCGAAGUUCUAUUUGUAAAAUUAGCCAUGUAUAAAUGUAAAGCUUGUAAUUUAAGAUGUAUUUACAGCAUUGACAGCACUAAUUAUUUAGUAGUCACACCAACAGUUUAUCAAUAAACAGUGGUGGAAAUCUGGUGUCAACUGUGUCUCUGCGCAUACACUACUCCAUGAACGCAUCUUCACUUUGGCAGUGAAACUAUUCUGCUUAUUUUCCUGUCAAAAACACUAUUUUGCAUUUGUAAAUGCUUUACAUCUUUAGCUGUGCACCUGUUGUGCAGACUUGAUAUGAUGUAAGAUUCUCUCCAGCUAAUAGACUAAUUGAUAUCUUGUAUAUGCACCUCAAAAUGUAAUGUGGUUGAAAACGACACUGAUUAGUUGGGUAUUUUAAUCUGAAACAGCCACAGGAACAUGUUUUGUUUGCCCCCUACAUUCCUUCAUCCAAGUAAAUCAACAAACCAAAUGGAAGAAGAAAAAAAAGGCAUCUAAAUCAAACACACGCAGCAAGCCAAGAGAAGAGCAUGAGAAAAAUGGGCAGUUAUUGAAGGGCCUCCUUUAUAGUUCAUUUUGUGACAAAUGCAUUCAUAUCACACAGAAGAUUCUGCAGUGUCAGAGGCUGAAUUUCCCUUUUCAGUAAGUCCCAAACUCCAUGUGUGGGAUCAGAUUAGGGUGGUGCAGCUGGCCUG